UCCAAUCCCGGAAAAUAACAUAAAAAGUUUGUGUCGCAACUUGCUCUGUCAAAACGUUUAAUUUUCCAUUCUUUCUAAAACAAUUAUUGUACGAAUGCGUUGGACUAUAUGAUAUCAUAAUGAAGUCUGCAUUGUUACACGUUUUGGUGCCCGUUUGUGUUUGUGUCGUUUUGGCGAACACUGGUCUAUUCAACAGCGUUUUAGUCGACAUGAGCUAUGAUCACUACGCCGAGAAGACAGUUGACUACUUACCCUGUUACCUGGCAAUGCCAUUCAACUCCUUGGUCAAUUUGGGAUACAUUUUCAUGGGCAUUUACUGGCUACUUCAACGGACGGACGGUAAAAGAGACACUAGGGCAGAUUACGUCAAAGACAUGUUCGCACUCAUGGCCAUUGCCUACGCACCUGUGCAGUGGGUGCGCCUCGCGACUCUCCUUCGUGCGCCCGCUGUUUUGGACCAGUGGUUCACGCUUCCCAUCUUCGCGUGGGUGCUGGUGUGGUGCGAUUUUAUCGAGCACGGUUGGCGGCCACGGUACAUGUUAACGGUCGAGUUAUGCUCCAUUCUCAGCUAUGGUCUUUCGCUGGUGCACGACCAAGGGUUCGAGGUGGCCCUCGGAUGUCAUGUGGCAUUCGCGGUCAUCAAAGGUGUAGGGGUAAACCGUAACCAUGGGGACUGCCACUCCCGGAGAUACCUGGGUCUUGCGGUACUGUCAUGCAGUGGUUUCGUGUUGCUGAAACUGUUUGAUCACACCCUGGCCCGGUACCGACCCUUCCAACAUCUCACUGGACACUUCUGGUCCAAAGUGUGUGACAUUCUGCAGUUCCACUACACUUUCUGCUUUCUCACGCGCUUCACCAAAACGGACUGAAUAAUAAGUCUGUCCAUGGAUGAUCAAUGGCAAUAGAUCUGAGUCUGUCUGCAACUGUGUUAAUUCAUUCAAUUGUCUUCAUGGACUUAAGGGAGCAGAAAUUGUGUAGAAGAAACAUAACACACUACAAGGACAAAUGACAAAACUGUGUUGGUCAUUCACUGAAGUUAUAUUCUAGAUAGUAGGUCAAUCACACCUAAUUCAGAUUUGAAAAGAAAUGUAGGUACAGGUAGGCUGGUUUGAUAAAAUGCAGAGGGGAAAAGGCAGCAAGAACUGAGUCAGCCAAUGAUUUAAGACUGAUGAAGAUAUAUAUUUGUUUUUUUUUUGUAAUUUUAACCAAUGCACGACAUCGCGUUCGUUAACAUCUAAUCUCCUAAGAGAUCAACAUCAGUGCAACAUAUAUUUCCAACAAAUGUGUAAAUAUGUCAAGAAAACAAUCAUUGUCAUAUCUCAAAUUGGAGGAAUUAAAACUGUUUUAUGAGAAAUCUUUUAGCCACCAA